AUGCGGACUCUCCGCUCCGGUUCUCCCCGGCCGAUACCUCCCUUCAUCAGUUCAAAGAGAUCUUUACUAUCUCCAUCAGAAUCACCAAGAAGAGGGAAAUCGGUUGGAGUAUUGGAGAAAGUUGGAGCACGAUCAUCGGGGAAAUUUGGCCUCUAUAAGAUGGUCGGACUACUCUUUCAAUGAGAUACUCUUCAGUCAUUUUAUUCGUGAGGAGGAGGCGUGUGUUAUGUUCUUGGAUCAACUCACCCAAGACUGUCUGGGGGUUCGUUUGAAUCUUUUCAUAACAUGAAAUCUUUUGUGAGCCCUCGAUUCAACUUUUCCAACCCCCUGAUUCUAGAAAAAUAGAAAAAAUGUUUCACGGUUUAUCCUAUUUCCGGCUUAUGGCUCUUCAAGAUCUUUAAAUAACAGAUUUUUGACUAAACAUGUGUAGAUUGUGGACUUUGAAGCGAAACUCGAGAACAAGAUGAACAUUGCCAAAGUCGGAAGUGCGGAAAACGGGUGCAAAAAGGGAGUGACUGCAAAAUGGCCGCUAAAAGGGUCCCUUUUUACGGCCUUUAUUGAGCCUUUCAUUUUUGGUGGGUUAAAAAGGGUCAUAAAAGAGCGAAAAAAGGGAGAGGUCGCAAAAAGGGUGAAGAAAGAGUGAGGGUGCAAAAGGGUCCUGAAAUUCUCUUCUAUUGAUAAUUUCCGAUUUCAUUACUGUUGCAUAUUAUGGUUCAUACACAGUCCCUUGUAAAAAUUAUUCCUAAUUUAAAAAAAAAUUGUAUUUCUCCAAAGGGUCCAAAAAGGGUGGAUGAAGGCCGAUGAAAGGACGCAAAAAGGCAGUAAAAAGGAAACCUUUGCCACCUGUUUAGGAACAAAUAAUGGAAACAAACGGAUCUGUAACGGACGCUCAAAGGGCCCGUGAAGGGUCCUUCCGACUUUGCCUAUGGAAGAUUUUUUUUUAUGUAUCUGACAAGGGAUGCAAAUUGGCUAGGACACUCCUUGAUGUACGAGAUAAAGAUCCUGAAAGCUUCAUCCUGCAAAAAUUCUUCGUUUUUGGGAAAAGACGCCUCAAAGUCGAAGGAAACCAUCAAAACCCAUAAAAAUAAGCUAUUUUUAGACUUUAGCUCCUUAUUCCUCGAAAACUAGAACGUUUUGCAGGUUGAGACUUUCAGGGUCUUCAUCUGGCACAUCAAGAAGUGUUCUGGCCGUUUUUCAGGAAAUUUCCAACCGCAAAGUAAAAUGACCUCCCCUGUAAAAAUCCUAACUCAGUCAAAAGUUCAUCUGAUUUUUUUUUUGAUGAUGAUUUUCCGUCCCUUCUGUAUCUCCAUUCUUCGCGUCUGAAACUCAUAGAAACACGAGAUUGAUGCUACAAGACAAGUUUUUUCAAGCUACGCUGAAUCAAGUUUGAAUAAAGUAUUCAGAAAAUUAACUGAUGGUUCACCCCGACCAAUAAUUGUUUUUCAGAAGAACUGCAUCCAAAACGUCAGCUCGUUCCUGAAGUUUUUGGUUGAAAGCACCGAGAAGAUGGUCCAGAUCGACCGAGAACAUAGCAAUACAUGGAAUAACUAUCACGGAUGGCAUGUCAACUGGCGGCAAUGCCUUUAUGUCUUGAACGAGACUGAAAGAGGGGUCGAAACGGCUUUUUACGACUGGAUAGCCGCAUUCAGUCAAAGAUGGAACAUGAUCGGAGAGCAUAAGAAAGAAAUUAAUGAUGUCAGAGCCUCUUUGAAACGUUUUUUGGAUGAUUAUAAGCAACGUCCACGUGAGGAAGAGGUUAUCUUACCAGGGAAUAUUCUCAGCUGAGACUUCUGCAUGAGACUAUCUUCACUAGAUUUACGCUGAUCCCGAAUCUGUGCUCAAAAUUUGUCCUAGAGACUGAUGAAAAAGAUAGGGUAGGGACCGCAAAGCCACGCCCCUUUUCGCGAUAGAAAAAGUGGCUUUUUUUUGGUUUUCAACUUUCAUUUUGUUUUAGUUGCAAAAUAUGUGGAACUGGCUUAUAAAAUUUGACACACAUGUACAGAAAAGCUUCCUCUUUCGUUUAAAAAAUAUUUCACGCUUUUUUGAUGCGUUCUCGCGGAAUGUCGUACAAAAACGUGAAUGGAACUAAAAAUUUUUGUCAUUUUUUGCUUUUUUAUGUGUUUUCAGGUCGAACGCACUCUUUCUUUUUUUAAAUAAUGGUUUUGAUUCAAGUAACGGUAAUUUUAAAACAAUAAAAUAAAAAAUUCGUCUUUGCCAAAAAUUUUAGGGAGUGCCGAAAGUCGUAAUUCAAAAUAUCGUUAAUAUGCAAAUAUAAUCGAGUUUUUUUCUUUUUUUCAAAAAUUUAGAUCAUGGGCUUACUUGAAUAUUUCUCCACAAAAUAUGUGCUUGAAAAAGUUGUUUAAUACACAAAAAAAUGCUCUUGAAACUAGAGAAUAAAAUUAGCGGCGUUUAUCAUACAGAAAGCGGUCGAACGCAGGUUUUUUAAACGAUUAUAUACAUUUAUUAGUAAAAAAUCUUUCAAUUAAAAGAAUAAAAUAAAAAAUUCGUCUUUGCCAAAAAUUUACGGGGCCGUUUGAAGGCAGCGAUCGUUAAACGAGGAAAAAAGCACUAAAAAAACAGUUUUUUCGAAGUGAAUUUUCACGGAAAGUUUGAGUAAAGAUUUGCGAACAUAUUCUGAUAAAAAUAGCUUGAUUACUUCAAGUUUUUUUAUUUUUUUGAAAUAGGCAAUCUGUGCUAUUCAAACGGCUCAAGGGUAUGGCGGAUGGAAGCUCCCCUCGCUAGACCUAACAGCUUGGCGCAGCGCGUGCGCUGCCAAAUUUCUUUUUGAGGUCGCGAGUUCGAUGCCCGCAAGCGUCAGUUUUUUUGUUUUUCUGGAAAAAUACCGACUUUUUUUCGGCAAACUAGCUGAUGAGCAUCAUUUUAGCACUCUAUUAUGAUUUGUUACAUCAUAAUAGACCAGUAUCAAAAACUUGUUCUAGAAGAAAAAAAUCGAGAAAAAAAUUUCAAAAUGGAUAAUACCAAAAUUUUCAGUACUAAAAAAAUGGUGCGCGGCGCGCCACAUUUUUUUCGUCAUAACUUUUUUCAUCCUCAAUAUUUUUCGAAAAACUGAACGGUUCUGAGUUUGGAAUCGAAACAGCUAUCAAACCAUACAAAGCUCAAUGCUGAAAAAUUUUUUUUGAAAGUUCGUCUGCGGUCCCUAAGAUAGGGGCUGUCAAAUUUGAAAAAUUCGAUGUCUCCGAUUUUUGAAGAGUAAAUAGUUCUGGUCACCAAAAACCACUCAAUUUUUUUCAAACAAAUUUUGGAGCUCGAAUAUUGAUUUUCGAAGCUCCAGAAGACGGCGGAACGGCAUAACAAGGUCUUAUUUCGGCCUCCACACUUUUUUCACAGGCCUCGAGGGCAACUUUCUAACACAUUUUCGAAAAAAAAGUUAGAAACUACAUAUAGGGAGGCAAGUCUCAUCUAGAAUUCCCACUGUGAGCUUAAAACUUUCUCCGGUUAAGAAACUUCUCGACCCAAAAACUGACUUUUCAGCUGAACUCUUUCAUCGUCUCGAAUGAUUUUUCCAGCGGCUAUGAUAAAGAAAAUGAAGUAGUUUAUAUUGCAAUUCUUCAAAAAAAAUUAUUGAGCUUAUCUAGAUAAAUGAUGGAGGAUCGCUUGGAGAGCCGAAGACGUUCGAAAAGUCGGAUUCGACUGAAAAAAGUGGAGAUGCAGGCAAACUCUCUGAAUCGGCUUCGGUUCAUGAGAAAUUCGACGAGGAGGUUCGAUUUCUUAUAGGGAAAUAUUUGGAACAAUUUUGAAUGUUCGGAAACGCGCGAACGGUUUUUCUGAGAAUGCGACUCCACAGAGAUAUUUUACCGAUUUUUCAAAAAAUUCUCCUAAAAUUGUCGAUAUUGUCGACCCUGAAGUGAUAUUUGAAAUCUUCUAAUUCGAGUAUUCAAUACUGAAUUAUAGAAUUACGCUGCAAAUAACAAGACUUCAUCGGAUAAUGUGAGUUGAAUUUCAAAAAUUGUUAUUUAAAUAAAAGUGUUUUCAAAAUUUUACGGAUUUAGGUCUCCGAAGCAAGUUCUUGGGAGGAAAUUUUUUGUUGUUGCGGGGAUUCUGAUGGAACGGAACACUUUUCGGAUCAUGGAGGAGAGGUAAAUGCUCAAUUUUUCCCAUUUUCCGUUGAAAAAUCUUCCCUCAGGUGCUGGAAAAGUUUGACAAUCUGGAGAAAAUGAACGAGGAUGUAACGAAAAAAAAGGUUAAUUUCUUUCCAAUAUAUUAAUUUGAAGUUUUUGAAGGGUCUGAAGUUCCAAAGCGAUCUUUUGAAACAAACUCCAUGCGAUUCCGAGAAAGUCCUUCAGAACUUGGAAACUACGGUCUUUGAAAAUCGAUUUAUCAAAGAAGAAAAUUGAUUUCAGGCUGGUGAAGCGGAGAAUAUCGAAAAGCCCCAAGAUCCCAUUGUUUUUGAUCCGGUGAGCUUGUUUUUGACACUUUGGACUCAAAAAUUAGUUCAAAAUAGUCGCUUUUUCCUAGAUUUUGAUGGAGUUUUUUUAGACAUAUUUUCAAUAAGUUUUAAUUUCAUAUUUUUCCCCGUAAAACCAAUUUUUGGAACGCCAGAAUGGACCCUAGAGUGACAUCUUUAGGGACUCUUGUAGGUUCCCUUAAGGGACCACUUAUCUUCUUCCCAUAGGGGAACUAAAAUUUGCAAAGAAGGUCUUCAAGUGUUUUAGUUAGUGACAACUUUAGAGGGCCUACACUUUUUCGAUACCACUAUAGGGCCUACUCAACUUUUAGAGAAUUAUUGGAACUUGAACUACUGUAGGGGUCACCUAAAGCUUGGCUUUAUAUUCUCGGCGUUUUUGUUAGUGGAAGAAAAUGCGAAACCAAAAACACGGUGGGCGGAGCCAAAAUAUCCGCAUGGGAAUGUGAUUUCGGCUCCAGGAGCGUAAAUAACAGGGCUUAUUAAAGGCGCAGGCGGGCCGUAUUGCCAGAGGUCUUAGGACGAAUCGAAAUUUCUAUACGAAAAAGCAAUUUUCUGCGCGAAAGCGGCGCAGUGCAUGCACACGAUACACUACACUUUACGGAGAGAAAGUGGGCGUGGCGCCGUGUAUUGUCUACCAUGACCGUUUUUUCAAGUAUAUUCUUGAAAAUCUUCAGAUGAGCGCGCUUCAAAAAAAUGUGAGGAAGAAGUUGACUCGGCCGAAAAUUUCAUGGUUUUUUUAUUAGAAGGUCAUUUUUUUGGAAGUUUCAAGAUGGUUUUAGAAAAAUGGCCGAAAACCUCUGUUCGGAAUAUAAGGAAGCUCAGGAUUAUCUGAAUCUCGGCAAAAGACGAUUCGACCAGUUGAUCUAUCAGAAACAGAAAGCGUCUCUGAAAGAAAUCAAGGUUUUUUGAAUGACAAAAUAAUUAUUGGAUGAUUUUCAGGAUAAUAUGACAAACUUGAUGGAAUUUGUGAAGAAAAUGGAGACCGAUUUUUCUGCUGAGAACGUCGAAAAUGUACGGUAUUUGCAUGAGGCUGUUCUUUGUGAAAAAAAUACGAAAAUGUGGGUCUCAAAGCGAAGUUUGCACCGAAGAGUACGGUAAUUUGGCAAAACAAGCGUGAAACCGCGAAAGUCCAAAGGGCCUCAAAAAAAAAGAAUUUAGAGCUUCUUGAGUUCCUAAAAAUUUGACAGAAGUUACUCGGAACAUUUUUUUUUCUCCUGAUGGGGUCAAGAAAAAAAAAUAUCCCGUGAGGCCUUUUAAAAUCCCUUUUCCCAAAAGCUCCUUUAUAGGUCCUUCUAGAAAUCGCCUGUGAUGAAAAAUAACCUCCAUGAAAAUGUUGCCCCCAGAGAAACUGAGUUUUGCAAGAAAAAUGAAUUCUUAGAAAUCAUGAAAAAUGUAUCUUCAUCAAUUUCAGGCCCCGAACAAUUUGAGCGACGAUUCCAUGUGGCUUUCUUUGGAAUCGUCCUUCCAACAUCUCAAGAAAAGGGCCAGAAACGGCUUUUCUAUGCAGGAAAUGAAACGAAACUUCCCUUGA